AUGGCACAAAGAAAUCAGGUGAUUAACACUUCUUUAAGUGAUUGGAUAAAAAAGAUACGAUUUGUUCAUUGGUUAUCAAAAAUCAAUUUAUUUGAAACGAAUGAUACAAGUGAUGAAAGUCUACAUAUUCAAUAUUGGUCAACGCGUGUUUAUAUUAUUAUUUUUACAGUAACAUUAUGUAUUCUAAGUAUUUAUAGUUUAGUUAAAGGUGUUCCUCAAGAUAUCGAAAUACAAUAUCCUACUUUAAGUUUGUAUAACGAAUUACAAAGAAAAUAUCCAUCAAUAAAUUGUCGUUGUUCAAAUAUAUCGAUUCCUUAUGAACAAUUUGUACAUUUCGCUCCUCGAUAUCAUCAAAUAUGUUCAAGCGAUUUUGUUACACAACAAUGGAUCGAUUAUUUAUACAAUUCAACGACAACACAUUUUUAUUUUAUCGUAGAUUUUCGAUUGACUGCCAGUUUACAAUUUCGAUUUUUAAGAAAUCUUUGUCAACAGAGUAUCCAAGCGAUCAAUACCAGUCUUCAAUCACUUAAUAAUAAUCAUUUUAUUACCGUUCUUCUCCUGGAAAAAGAUGAGUUUGAUAUUCAUAUGAAAGCACAUAUUGAUGCCUUGAAAAUAAAGACACUCAAUAAAAUUAGUCAAAUGCUCGAAUUUGUUCACAAUAUUUCCUUUGCUAAUUCACUUCAAUCGGCUCCUCGCAUUGAUUAUCCACUGGAACUCAACAAUUAUAAUGAAAAUUGGUCUUUUAAUCCUGAUCUUGGUCGUGCCUGUAUAAAUGAAGUGAAUGGUCAUUGUCGCUAUUGUUCUGCAGAUCCAGGAGUAAAAGCAUAUGCAGGCUUUCUUGGUGAUAAACAUUGGAGCACAAAUACUUCACAAAACCACUAUGCGUAUCUUGAUAUUGUAGAUGGAUGGUAUACUGGUUGUUUGCCUAUGGAUUCACUUUUUCAUUCAACACUCAAAAGUUUUUAUAAUCAAACAGCAAUUAAUAGAAUUUUAUUGUACUUUAGAAACUCAGUACAUAAUUUUAAAUGUCUAAAUAUCAGCAAUCCAACUCGAUUUCCUCCUAAAUCUACUACUCUCAAAAGAAUCGUAAAUGGAAGUUUUAUCGAAGAAUGGAAUGAUCAAAUAAACUAUGAAUUAUAUUUCAAUUUGUGUACACCAAAAUCGUGUGUUUAUACAAUUGAGGAGCGUAUUAUAUACAGUAUGAGUACUAUACUUGGACUAUAUAGUGGAUUAGCGACUGUUCUUCGUUUUAUUAUUCCGAAAAUAAUUGCAUUCAUAGUUCUGCGUCGUCGGAAAACACCAAGGACAAACAACACAAUGAAUUGGUUGCAAAAAUUCAAACAAUUCACACGUGAAUUAAAUCUUUUUAAAUCGGCGAUUCAUGUUGAACCUCGUGAUAUUCAUCGACAACGAUGGUCAACUCGUAUUUAUAUUAUAGUUUUCAUUGUGAUUCUCAUAAUUAUUCUACUAUAUCUUUUGUUGAGCGUUGAAUUGAGACGAAUAGAAAAAGAUAAUCUUUCAUUUAGUACUGUAUCAAAUUUACAAAAACAAACGUUUUCAUCAUCACUUCAAUGUCCAUGUUCAAAUAUGGCAAUAUUAAAAAAAGAUUUUAUCAAAUUUAAUCCAAUAUAUCAUGAAAUAUGUUUGUAUAAAUUUACUUUAGACUAUUUAGCUGGUCGACUUACGCAUCAUCUCACAAAUGAUGGUAUUGCUUAUAACUUUAAUUCAACUGGUGGAUAUUUAUUUAAAGCUUUAAAAGUAUUUUGUGAACUAUCACAAAUCACAAUCCAAACUGCUAUUUAUGAAUUUGGUGAAACACAAUUGCUCACCAAAAAUCUCUUAACAUUUGAAGAAUUUAAAUUUCGUAUGGAUUCAGAUAUAGAAGAUUUUAUAUCUAUCACAUCGAAUCAAUAUAUUGAUACAUUAAUUCUUAUUCAAGAAACAACAUAUGCGAAUCAAUUAAUUACUCCAAGUGAAACAAAUUAUCGAUAUGUUGUACAGAAUAAAUCAAAUAAUGUGUCUGUACAUCUGAUAACAAUUAACAAUCAAUCGUGUUCAAAUUUUAUUCAUAAAGAAUGUAAAAAUCAAUAUCUUCUUCAUGGCACAUUACUCGAUGGUUUAUAUGCAUCAUAUUAUCCUGUUCAAUCUGCACUUCUAUCACAAAUAAAGACUUUAUAUAAUACUUCAUUUAUGAACACAUUUCAAAGUCCAUUUUGUGAAUUCGAUUCUAAUCGAUGUGUCAAAGCACUAUCAAAACUGAUUAACUUUCCAAUUAAUGCUACUUUUGCUUUACUUUCCAAGAAAUUAUUUAUAGAAUUAUGGAAUCGAACAUAUAAUUAUACAUCUUAUUAUGAACGAUGCAAACCAAAUUCAUGUUCGUAUAUGAUUGAAACAAAACUCGAUAUCGCAUCGGUUAUUUCAAUUAUAAUCAGUUUAUGUAGUGGUCUAUCAGCUUUACUUCGCUUUCUAUCACCUAUAAUCGCCAUUAUUAUUUUUUCAAGUUGUUAUAAACAGACACAUCAUGAAAGAACUUCGGAAAAUAUUCAACAAAAUCGUGGUUUUCCCAUUAAACCAUUAAUAAUAAAAUUAUAUAAAAAAAUGUAUAGAAUUAUGACUGAAUUAAAUGUAUUUGAGAAUGUUAACAAAUCACAUCCACCUGAAGAAGAAUUACAUACUCAACGACGAUUGACACGUGUCUAUAUUUUUACUUUUAUUAUCAUACUUAUUAUUAUUUUAAUUUAUAUUGCAUUUAUUUAUCAAACAAAAGUAAUUACUUUGAAUAAAUUAACUUUUGAUUAUUAUAAAAAUUAUGAACAGUUAAUUGAUUGUCCAUGUACAAAUAUAACUAUUCCUUAUCAUAUAUUUAUUAAUUUGAAUAUAUCAUUUCAUGAAGUAUGUUCAAGUGAUUUUAUUAAUUCACAUAGUAAAUGGAAAAAUAUGCUUUAUUCAUCUUUUUCACAUGAAAUUACUUUAGAAAAUAAAACAAUUACUUUUCAACGUAUGGCAUUUGCACACUUUCAAGCAUUACAAAUUAUUUGCGAAAGAAUUAUUCAUGUUGCUCAGAAUGAACUUUCAAUUUUUUUAAAUUCUCAAUUUCUUUCCAUCAGUCUGAUGAAAUCUGAUGUAUUUUCAAAACAAAUCGAUAAUAUAUUUUUCAAUUUUAAAUCCAAUUUAUUAUCAUCAAAUUAUCUUUUUGUACUUGAACUAAUUCGUAAUAUAUAUUCCAGUAAUGCUUAUAUUUCAGCAUAUGGUACCAAUUGGUAUCCAAUUAUUCGAGAAGCAAAACAUAAAGAAAUAAUUUUUAUGAAAAGUAAAGAAUAUAAUCAAUCAUCAUGUAAUUGUGUAACGUCAAUUAUAUGUGUAGAAACAAUGAAUUUAAAACUUAAUAAUGAAUCAUUAUGGUCAAUACCUGGAAUGUUAUCUGGUUGUUUACCAUUAGAUUCAAUGCUUGAAUCAACAUUAGAAUGUUUAUAUGAUCAAAUAUGUCUUGAUAAAAUAAGUUAUGCACUUAAUUCUUCUAUACGUUACACUACAUUAAUGAUUAAUCAUACACGUUUUCGUCCAAUUAAUAAUUUUAAAAUUAAUAUGAUUCUCAAAGAAUUUUUUAUUGAGAAAUGGAUUGAAAACUUUUCUUUUGAAUCUUAUUUCAAUGCAUGUUAUGUACAAACAUGUUCUUAUACAAUUUCAAAACGUUUUAAUAUUUUCUAUAUGUUACGUACAAUUAUUGCUUUUUAUGGUGGUCUUAGUCUUAUACUUACACUUAUAAUUCCUCUGAUCUACAAAAUUAUUCAUAAAUGUUAUUUAAAACGAAAAAAUCGACAAGUUAUAUCUAUGAACAUUUCGGAAAAUCAAUAA